AUGAACAUAGAAUUUUCAGUUUUCAAAAAUGGAGAGGCUGUUCAAAGUGAAAGCAAACUGGAAGCGAUGGACAAGAUGAAAAUGAAUGCAGUGGAAAUUGAUAAGCUCCAACAACUUCAUUAUGGUUGGUACAUUCAAGCAGUUAGUUCACUUCUCGGCUCUGUUGGCAAACAAAUAUACAUGAAAAUGAGAAAACCCCAACGACGUGCAUUCGUUGCUUGCUUGGAUUCAAUCUCAAAAGAAUAUGAUGUAAAAGCUGGUGCAAAAUGUCUAGUGAAUGCAUUCGAUGGAAAAUUAGAAGACAAAUAUGGAUCAGCUUCUUUAGACCCGAAACUGGAUUUUAUUGAUAAACAAGAUACUGUACCUAUUGGAAAAUUGGAUAUAAGGAAGUUGAGAAAGAAGAGAAUUCAGAAACGAAUCGUUCAAAAGCAGUUGAAGAAGAGAGUGGUGAAGAAAAUCAACGAAAUUCAAGCUGAAAAACUAAAACUCGCUAGAUUUCGAAAAUUGAAGAGAAGAAAUUUCGCGGGUCAGUAUAAGAUGACACCGAAGAUGUUGAACAAAAUGGAGAAGAUAAAUUCGAUGAAAUUCAGAAGAAGGAGAGUGAAGAGGAAUAUUUUAUCGUUGUAUAGUAAUAAAGAAGCAGCGGUUGAAGCGAAACGAUUGGAUAGCUUGGAUGGCGUACUUUAUAAGCCAAAGAAUUAUGCGAAAAUGCCAGAAUUGCAUGAAAAUCGAAAGAGUCCAAUACAAGAAUUCACAAAAAUGAUUAGAGAAUUUGCUAGAGUGAAACCAACAAAGAAUAUGACAUCGAGUUAUGCGAAUUUGAGAAAUCUCCAAGACGCUGUGUUCGGUGCUCGUGAGAAGAAUCGAUUCAAAAAUCGAAUGCUGGAUAUGGUCAUUGGAAAAAAUCACCCAUUAAGACAAGCGAAAUCAUUUAGUGAUCGAGUCAGAGAUAUAACACCAAAUGGAAUGAUUGAUGAAAAUGUUUUUGGAUUGGUGGAUGCAGUACAAAAACAUAAUAAGGACUCGAAUGCAAACUUCUUGUCACCUAGGUUCAUGCCAAUUAUGCCAGAGAAAUUGAACACGAAGAGACGUCUCCUCUCGCCUGACAUGUUUCCUUUAUACCGUGACGACAGUGAAAACAGUAUUCUCCCACUUCCGAAUGUUCUGGAAAAGACUGGAAUGAAUCCGAAGGACAGAGAUAAUGUACUGGAAUUGGUGAUGGAUAUAACUGGAGUCAAUACUGUAGUUGAUGACGCAUUGGAUCUGGUGAAUGGGUUGAGGAAGAGUGGUUUGGAUAAGGAUUUGGUUGAUAUGACAUCGAUGAUUGAUCAGGCCUAUUCCACCCUCUCCGCAUCUCUCACUGGCUCACAAAAUCUGGACUUUGUCAAUAGAAAGUUUUCAUUCAUGAACAAGGAACAAAUGCAAGCAUUAUAUGGAGAAACUGGAAUCUAUAACACUUCAGUUUCCGAUCUUCCAUUUGACAUUCACGAAGUUGAUCAAUUGACACCAGAUCAAAAAGAAGAAUCGAUUCGAAUGACGAUCAGAGAGUUGGCGAAAGGAAAUGGAGCACAGGGAUUCGGGAAAAAUGGAAGACGUGCGAAGAGACAAACAAUUUCGUUGUUGAAUGGUGUAUACCAAAUUGUGUUCUUGAAUCCGACAGUUUUCUCUCCUCAAGCAUUUGCACCGACUAUUAAUAAGCUCUCCGUCCUCGGACCUCUUGUGAUCUCUCCUCAACUGUUUUGCCCAAGUGUUCUUUCUCCAUUGCUCAUGUCUCUACCGGUUAUUUCUCCACAGGUCGGCAACCCUCUCAUCUUUUCUCCAUACGUUCUUGGACCCAAUGUGUUAUCAGCUGCUGUAUUCAAUGCAUACGUAUUCUCUCCAUACGUCCUUUCUCCAAACGUAAUCAAUCCAUACGUAAUGUCUCCUUUGGUUCUCUCUCCUUUCGUUUUGUGUCCGGAUGUUGUCUCUCCGACUGUUCUAUCUGGUGUCGUUCUUUCUCCAUCUGUUUUAUCCCCAUCUAUUUUCACAGAUUCUGCAUUGGCAGCUAAUAUACUGUCACCUACAUUCUUGUCUUAA